AUGCUUUGGUCCUUCUUGCUGUGCGCGGCCGCGGCGUCUUUGCAGGCGGACGCGCAGCCCUCCAGUCGCUAUGUUGUCGGAUGCCCCUCUGUGUGCAACAAAUUUAUGUGUCCACGUCUGCCGGCGGACUGCCCCGGGGGUCAAGCCCUCGACGUCUGCAAGUGCUGCACGGUGUGCGCGUCCGGCGAGGGCGAAGCCUGCGGCGGCGGCGGGGGCAAGCUGGGCGACCCGACGUGCGGAGACGGGCUAGAGUGCUCCGUCUCCGGCGGGGUGGCGUACAGCGCCACGGUGAGGAGGAGAAGCAAGAGCGGGAUGUGCGUGUGCAAGUCCACCGAGCCGGUCUGCGGGAGCGACGGCGUGUCCUACCGGAGUAUCUGCGAGCUGAAGAGGGUGAGCCGGCGGGCGCAGAAGCUGCAGCAGCCACCUGUCCUCUUCAUUCAGCGGGGAGCCUGCGGGAAAGCUCAGGACAAUCCAGACAGCCCCAGGCACAAAUACAACUUCAUCGCCGACGUGGUGGAGAAAAUCGCUCCCUCUGUGGUUCACAUUGAACUUUUCCGCAAGAUGACUUAUUCCAAGCGGGAGGUGGCUGUGGCCAGUGGCUCUGGUUUCGUCGUGUCAGAAGAUGGCCAGAUUGUGACCAAUGCCCACGUUGUGGCCAAUAAACACAGGGUGAAAGUGGAGCUGAAGAGCGGCGCCUCCUACGACGCCAAAAUCAAAGACGUGGACGAGAAGUCAGACAUAGCCCUCAUCAAGAUUGAUGUGCCGACUAAACUUCCUGUACUGUUGUUGGGCCAUUCCUCUGACCUGAGGCCGGGGGAGUUUGUGGUCGCCAUCGGCAGCCCGUUUUCCCUGCAGAACACGGUCACUACGGGAAUCGUCAGCACCACUCAGCGAGGAGGCAGAGAACUCGGUCUUCGCAACUCCGACAUGGACUACAUUCAAACGGACGCCAUUAUCAAUUAUGGUAACUCUGGAGGGCCUCUGGUAAAUCUGGAUGGCGAAGUGAUUGGGAUCAAUACGCUCAAGGUGACCGCUGGCAUUUCCUUCGCCAUUCCUUCAGACAAGAUUCGACAGUUUUUGGCAGAGUCAUAUGACAGGCAGUCCAGAGGGAAAGAAGAUGCCAAAAAGAAAUAUAUUGGAGUGAGAAUGAUGACUCUUACAUCAUCGCUAGCCAAGGAGCUCAAAACUCGACAUCGUGACUUCCCUGACAUCACCUCAGGAGCCUAUGUGAUGGAGGUCAUUGCAAAAACGCCGGCUGCAAUCGGUGGACUCAAAGAGCACGAUGUCAUCAUCUCCAUCAACGGCCAGAGGAUUUCCACAGCGACUGAUGUCAGCACUGCCAUCAAAAGCCACGAGACCUUGAAAGUAGUUGUGCGCCGCGGCAACGAGGACGCCAUCCUCACCGUUGUUCCAGUAGAGAUUGACCCUUGACCCUCCAUAGGAGCUGGAGUUCAGUUUAACUUAUCAUCCAGGGGACCUUAUGUAGGAGGGAUCUUCAGCUGACGCGCCCCCCUGUGGCCAAAGGCCCAGUGGCACCUUGCAUCCGGGCAAAACUCCUGACUUUGCCUUGAAAGGAACGACUGUACAGACGCUCUAAAAGCAGCGCUGUGCUUUGUUUUAUCUGUUUGUGUUUUCACUUUUAGCCCCUAAUGCUUCUGUCAAUGCUACUACUGUUUAAUCAAAAACAUUAAAAAAAACAUUGGUAAUUGUCUUGUUAGUUGUCUUUUUAAUAUGGACUUCAGCUCAGUCAGACCCUCCGCUUUAUUAUAAAGCAAUGUAGAAACUCGCUGAGCAGAUCGGAUUUGUACGAUUGUUGUUUUCUAGACUCCUAUUUCCAAGUACUGUAGAAUGUUUUAUGUGAUGUAUACCGAGAAGACAAUAAAGGGUUUACCAACGUUUGUUUGGACAUUUGG